AUGGCUCCUACCCGUCCUACCACGCCUCCUGGCAUGAAGGAGUAUGCCCGUCCUAGACCUAUUCAGCCUCGUCCUUCUCCGUUCAUUCCGGGUUCUAGCUGCCCCAGGAAUGGUAUGAUCAUGGGCUCAGGGUUGGCUACCGUGCCACCCUCCCCGAGUAUGCCGGUUCCGGGCUUUGACGCACUCACCAUGGCCCCCGUACCUGGUCCUGCUUUCUCUACUCGCAACGACAGAGACGGAAAGGAAGAUCGUAAGCCCAACUCACGCACUGGAGCGGGUGUCAAGAAGCUGCAGCCUAGGAAGAAGACGUCUAGUGACGCGAUUGCCAAACUCGUCGAUAUCGCUAAGUCUGGAAAGUCCGCGCAGACGUUCCGUUUCAUGGACUUACCCGGAGAACUUCGCAAUGAAGUGUACAAGCACGUGUUCAACAACCCCAAGCAGGCUCUACUGGUCCACCGCCCUCGCCUUGCUACUCUGCGUCCUCGCACACGCGUCGAUCGUGGUCGUACUCUCGCAUCUGACAUCGUUGAACAGGAGCAAGACGAGGAGAUUCCGACUGCCUACAAGACAACUCGUGGCUCAGCCAAGCCAAAGGGCCCCUCGCGCGAGACCAACCGUCCGUUCUGGGGUCUGACCCAGGUGUGCCAGCAACUCCGCAAGGAAUUCCACCCGAUCUAUAUGUCCAAACAGGAGAUUGGCAUGGACCUUACCGAGAUUGUCCAGUAUCUGAAGACAUUCUACCCCACUGCUCCCGAGGAGCUCGACAAGCUUGCGACACCUGGAGAGCGGAAAGUUGAAGCGCCAUUCGUCGGUAACAUUACCAUCGCAGUCGGUGACAAGCCCAACGACAUAGAGCGAUCGAAAGAAGGUGUCGAGGUUGUACAUCUUCUGGACAUCUGGGCGAACAGCUUCAAGAUCGAGACGGGCUUUGGUCGCUACCUCAAGGCCAACUACGUUCCACAGAUUGAUGGAGAAGCUAAGGAUCUCUACCGUCUCUUUGGUCGUCGAGUUCUGAGGGACCAAUCAUGCUCUGCUAUGAACAAUCUUUGGCGUACCAUCUUGCGCACGCGUGCUCUUGCAUCCGUCCGACUCCACCGCAAGCCUCCUGUCGUUGCAAAUGUUAUGCGUACUACUGGCCUCCCUGCUCUCGCCCCGCCCGUGGAGGUCAAACCGUACAUUCAUAUCGUCUUCAAGGAGGAGUUCGCCGAGCAUUGGAUGAAGGCAUAUAAUUCUUUCAUCCCUUACAAAAUCGAAUGGCUUAUGGCUCGCGGUUUUGACAGCAUGGAGCACUUCGACGUCAAGGUCGGCGUGGAGCAACACGGUCCCAAGCGAUGCGGUACCAACUGA